CUUUUGAACUACAAACGCAGGAGAGAUGCCGGAAAACGCAAAGAAAAAGAAGAAGAAGCUUUCUAAGGCUACGAAAGCCAAAAUGCCAUAUCUAGCACCUUCUGCUUCAGGCUUUGAAGAGUUUUUUGCGGACGUUCCUAUGCGUGCAGAAGAAGCGAAAAUUGAGCUAGAACUGUAUCGUACUGACGUGCCAAUCCUCGAGCGCAUUCAGCUGGCUGUCAGUCGAUUCUAUGGAGCGAGACGUUUAGACGCCCUACCAUGGUUGAAAGCUGUCUUUGACGCAUAUCUUUCAUUCUCGGGCCUUCAAACGGGAACUGCCGGUCAAGAACAAUCUGAUGAAUUAGAUGAAACUCGAAUAAUAUCAAGCGACAACCUCGACUUUGAGUAUUGCUCUCGUGCCUUCAUGUCUGGUAGGUGCGAAUCUGCGGCCGGUCAGUCUACAGUGGAAAGGCUUCGCGAUGCUCCAUUGAUCGUCAACAAUUUUCUCCUUUAUCUGUUGAGGCACAAUGUGCUACCAGAGCUGAGUUCACAGCUUGAUGCUGCCAUUCAGAUUGGCCGCUCGGCUUCUGUGCAAAUGAGCAAGAACAAAUUGCUCUCUAUGAAUAUUCCUGAUGACCUCGGUGUCGCUCUAUCAAGUUUGUUUGGUGGCAUGUAUCACGGCUUACCAGCAAAGAACCCUUGGCUUCCUGACUUCAAACUUCCCAAAUAUGCAGAAAGGAAUGCAGCUCUUGCGUUCGUGAGACAACUUCUGCCAAUGGCGUUGGAUGAUACAGAUGCACUGGGCGCACAUCAAAAACGACUGGCUAUUGUGUCAAUCAAGCAGCUGAUGUAUGCCAAUGAUACUAUCAGCUUCGCCAUCACGGAGCUUUGGACGCCACCUGAACACUCUGAGAGUGAUGAGGAAGAGGCAAGCCAUGCAUGGGCAGAGAUGAAGGUGAUGCUUUUGACAUCGAGCAUCAACCAAUACUGCUACAUCGGCCAAAAAAUUGAAGCAACAUUCAUUCAACCUGCAAUACCAGGUGUCGACUGGUGGUUCGUGGACAACGUGACAAGGACUUGGCCAGCUUACUACAUCAAAUGCUAAAAUGCCGCCACAGGUGAACAGAGUUACUACAGCGAUUCGUCGUCUCGAAAACUCCCAGCAGCAUUCACCUUGCCAGGCAUUCCUAUAGCUCGCACACGAUAAAUGCAUGUGUAGUCGGGGUUACCCCAAUUUGAAUUGACUCUGAACAGAACCUGGUCUGCGAAAACGCCAGGCUGUCGCAAUCGUGGAGGAACCGUGAAAAUUUGCGCAGCCUGUGUGCCGUGAUAAACAUUGUAUUCGAUAUCCAUGACGUGAACAAAACCACUG